UCCCAGAGCUGUCCACUGGGGCUGGGGACUGGACAUGUUCCCCCAACUCCAGUCUCCCUCAGGACUGCUUGGCAACAUCCCCUACCUGCUGCUUUUGGCUCUCAGCAUCUCUUCAGCUGCAGACUCUGUCUCCUUUGAUGGAAAGCACUGUGAGUGUGGUUCUGGGAUCAGCCGGGAGGCCCUGACCACCCUGCUCAUUGUCCUUGGAGGUGUCCAGUGUGAGCUGUUUCUCAGCCCUGCUCUUGUAGUCAUCAGCAUUAUUCGUAACCAAGAGGGAUAUUUAGAUCAGGCUUCACUUCUGAUGAACCCUCUUUCCUUGUGCAUACAUCCCAUCGGUCCUCUGGAGGAGGCCAAGCUUUCUUGUACUAGGUCACUCUUGGAGUGGACAGAGUCUUCCCAACGUAUCUGUUAUUGAUGCCAUGAUAUGUGUCUUGGAACUGUGAGAGUACCCAAAGUCCUUUGCUAGGGGAGGGGCAUCCGGUCCAGAUGUGUCCCCUCCUUGCCCUUGACCCUCAACUUGGCUGAAACUUUGCUCAUUCAGUCAUAAGACCAUCAUCCCAGUGUUUAGUGAUGGGAGCUACUCUCGCAUGUGGCCAUCAUCCCACUGUAUGCUACAAGGAAGCCACAAACACAUAACACCUAUGGAAUGAACCAAAAGAACAUAUUGCCAGGACAUUGUGUGGAAGGCAGCCCCUUAAAUGUCCCAUCAGAGAACUGUUUCAUCAAGAGUUGUGAGGUGUUCGAGUUGCUGAGGUCCCUGAAAUCUUAGAGGAAGUUCUGGAGUUUCCAGACUUGGAGAGCCACCUUGAAGGAGGAUUAAAGGGGAAGUCGGAUGGGGGAGGAAGAGACAAUGGGGAGAGGGGAAAAAAUUAAUACAUUAAUUUUUAUCACUGUCUGG